AUGUAUUCAGGAUCUAACUCCUUCCUCGGCGGCGGCAACAGCCUGCGGCCCGGGCCUCAGCAAUAUGGAGGCUCUUUCAACGCGGGACAGGGGCAACAGCAGCCCGGCCAGCAACAGCCAAGUCCGUUUGCUCCGCAGCCGACAGGCUUCGGCCAAGCUCCGUUGCAGCAACAGUAUACCGGCUUCCCGGGCAUGCAGCAGCAACCUCAAGGCCCCGGCCAGCUCCAGCCGCAGUUCACCGGCUUCCCAGGCCAGGCACCGCAGCAGCAGAGCUUCCAGACCGGUGCUCCUCCGGUUCCGUCGAUCCCACAGCAGUUCCAGUCGCAGUUUCAACAGCAGCAGCAACAACAGCAGCCGAGCCCAUUUGCCUCUGCCCCUCCGCAGCCUCCCCAACAGGCAUCCGCACCCCCACCAGCUCCUGUUCAGAAACCUCAACCGACAGGCUUUAGCGAGAUGGCAGCUUCGUUCCAGACUGGAGGGACAGCAAAGCCUCAGGGCAGAAGGGCAGAGAAGAAGCCGUCGAAGAAGAUUCCAAACAUCCGACUGUCAUUCAUUACGGCGCAAGAUCAGGCAAAGUUCGAGACACUGUUUAAAUCAGCUGUUGGCGAUAGCGAGACCACAAUGUCAGGCGAGAAAGCCCGCGAUCUGCUGAUGAGAUCCAGGUUGGAUGGAGACUCAUUGUCCCAUAUAUGGACUCUGGCCGAUACAACGCGGUCCGGACAGCUUCACUUUCCUGAGUUUGCGCUAGCUAUGUAUCUUUGCAACCUCAAGCUGACCGGCAAGACGCUGCCCUCAACACUUCCGGAGAACAUCAAGAAUGAGGUCUCCAGCAUGGUUGACAUCAUUAACUUCAGCAUCGCUGAGGAAGCUGCGAGUGGUAGCUCGGGCCCUACCCCUGCUAGCAAUGCUCCUGAUUUCACCGGACGCCAGAGCACAGCUACACCGCCGACAAUCCAGCAUCCGCAACCGCAGCCUUCAAACUCACAACUUCUGCAAUCGCAGAUGACCGGCUUCCCGGGACAGCAACCUGGCUUCUUAGGCCAACAACAGCAGGGUAUGCAGCCUCAGCAGACAGGAUUUCCAGGUGUCAAUCCGCAGCCCACAGGUUACAGUGGACCGAGGCCGCCCAUGCCUCCCAUGCCUACUGGCUAUGGUUCUAACUUGACACCCGGUGGACCAGGCGGCAUGGUUGCACCUCUUAAUGCCCAACCUACUGGCCGCCCAGGGCAAUGGGGACUGGUAAAUACGCCCGCAAGUGGGUUACCCAAUAUUGAUGCGCUGCAAGCAAGGAUGAUGCCUCAGCAGGGUCGCGAACAGCAGAACUUCACCACUGCUGGUCUACAGGGCAAUGCUGUGAUCCCUUGGGCCAUCACUAAGGACGAGAAACACAGAUAUGAUUCUCUUUUCAGAGCCUGGGAUGGACUGAACAAGGGCUACAUUGGAGGUGAUCAAGCUAUCGAGAUUUUUGGGCAAAGCGGUCUGGAAAAGCCUGACCUUGAGCGCGUUUGGACCUUGGCGGACAAUGGAAACAAGGGCCGCCUUGACCUCGAUGAGUUUGCCGUUGCUAUGCAUUUGAUCUAUCGCAAGUUGAAUGGGUACCCUAUUCCUAACCAGCUACCCGCGGAACUUGUGCCUCCAUCUACCAGAAAUUUCAGUGGAGCAAUCGGCCAAAUCAAGAACAUGCUGCACGAGGAGUCUGACUACCGAAAGAACUCGGGCGCUGCCUUGCUUCCACAGAAGACUGGAGUGAGCUAUCUCAAGAACCACUCAUUCAGAGGUGCAUCAGGCGGUGCAUUUGGCGGUAAUCGAAAAGAUGCCACCGUAUUUAAGAACAACGACGAUGCGGUUGGAUACCGCUCUAGUGCUCGGCGUAGGCUUGGAGGCAAUGGCUCCCCUCGGCCGGAAUCUCCAUCUUCUGUUACAUCUAAUGACGAGCUUACUCUCGACCAACUCAGAAAGAAGAUCCGAGAGAAACAAGUUAUCUUGGAUGCAAUGGACUUUAAGGAUGAGAAGAACGCCGAGGAGGAUGACGUCCUUGACCGUAGAGAUCGUCGCGAGGCUGAGGAGCUUUAUCGACGCAUCAGAAGGCUCCAGGAUGAUAUUGACGCCCAUCCAGAUGCUGCACUAGCCACUGGGGAUUCUGAUGCCGAGCGUAGGUCUCUCAAACGCCAGCUGCAAAACUUGACCGAUAAGAUUCCCGAGUUGGCAUCUCAGGUCAGGAAGACAGAGAAGGCUAUCGCGGAUGCCAGGCUUGAGCUGUUCCGCAUUAAAGAUGCAAAGGCGCACCCAGGAAGCGCUGGCACGAUCGUGGGCACUGGUCCAGGUGGAAUGAUCACUGAGUCCGAUAGGCUUAAGGCUAGAGCAAAGGCUAUGAUGCAACAGCGCACGGCCGCCCUCACUGGAAAGAAAGUUGACGUUGGCCCUGACGAUCAUGAUGCACCAAAGCGUCUAGAAGAAGAGAGCAUCAAGGUGAGAACAGAGAAGGAGAACAACGAGCGUAUGGUGCGGGACGUGGAAGAUAGUGUCCGCGAAUUUGCACGAGGCAUCGAGGACAGCCUGAAGGAGGGCGGCCAGACCUCUACCAACGAACAUGAAAAACGUAGAUGGGAGGAUGCACUUGGGGUUGAAGAUGAGGUCCGAGACUUCAUCUUUGACUUGCAACGUGAGAGCAGAGCGGCCCGUGUUCGUAACCAGGAUCGCCGUGGAGAGCGCAAGCCAGCAGAGCCAGCAGCCAGGAGCGAAGUAGCCUCCCCAGCUCGCUAUGAGAGCCCUGCUUCUACAGCUCGGACUGCUACACCACCGACUACUGCCUCAUCUACUGGCGGAGGCUCUUACUCGUCAUACAAGACACCUGAAGAGCGUGCAGCUUUCAUCAAGCAACAGGCUGAGCAACGCAUGGCCGAAAGGCUCGCUGCGCUUGGCAUCAAGGCACCAUCAAAGCCUGGUGAAAGCGCUGCUCAGCGUAUGGAGCGCGAACGUGCAGAACGCGCCGCCAAGCUCCGUCAAGCUGAAGAAGAGGAUGCUCGCCGCGAUGAGGAGCGACGGGCUAGACUCGACCAGGAGAUGGGAGUUCCCUCUGUAUCAUCUCCGAAAGCAGACACUAAGCGGCCGCCUCCGCCGCCAAGUCGAAAGGGCGCUGGCGGUGAUGCCGCGAGAAGAGCCGAGGAAGAACAGGCGGCGAAGAAGGCGGAAGAAGAGCGCCUGGAACAGGAACGUGCAGAUCAGCAGCGCGCCACUGAGGAGUUAGAGGAAAAUGCUCGUGAGCAAGAAGAUGAAUUAGCCAAGGAGCGCCAGGCAGCAGAAGCUCGUCUCAAGGCCCUUGAGGAGCAGGUUCGGCAAGGAAAGCUCAAGAAAGAGGAAGAGAAGAAAAAGAAGAAGGCCGCUCUCGCUGAGGCAAAGGAGAAGGAGUCUAAGCUCGCCGCCAGACGUGCUGAGAUCGAGGCAGCUCGCAGGCGUGAAGAGGAGUUGCAGCGACAGCUGGAAGCUAUGAAUGACGACAGCUCGUCUGAUGAUGAUGAAGGUCCUCAACAAAUCACCCCUCAGGCAUCGACACCGACCCUGGGCGGCAGUCAGGUUGGCAGUCAAGAGCUGGAGCCGAAGACAACGCCGCCUACUAUCCCGGCCGUCCCGGUUGUAUCGCCGCCUGCCGUUGUUACUAGUCCACCCACCGAUGCUGAAAGCCGCAAUCCGUACUUCCGGAUGAUGUCUCAGUCUUCCGAGUCAUCUACGCCGAGCACCUCGGCCCCGGCACCGCCCCAACCAGAUGUGUCUACAAACCCGUUCUACCGCAUGACACAGGAGGCCAAGGCUCCUACUACUACCGCUCCUCCGAUCCCAACUGGCCCGGUCUCUCGUAAACGGCCUGAUGACGACGGAUGGGGCAGUGACAAGGAGGAAGAAGAGGAGGACUCGGAUGAUGACAGGCCUGGUGGCAAGAGCGCCGCUGCCCUGGCCUCGAUUCUCUUCGUUCAGUGUAAAUAUGAUCAAUAUGCGCGUGACUUUGAUCUAGCCUUCGCAAUGUAA